UCUCUUUUCUUCUCAUUCCACCGAACAGAGCAAUUCCCGCAUUUCUUUCUCAGGUUCACCGAAACCCUCGCCCUCCGGAAAACCCUCUUCCCUGUGCUCCGAUGUGCCCGGAGGCGCUCUCCUCGGCGGCCAAGCCGAAGCGCGCCAAGCGCAAGCGGCCGGAGGCCGACCUUAUGCGCCAUCGAGGGGGGCAUUGCUUCAAGCGUCCGCGCAGAGCCGUGGAAGAAGAGUGGGAUGAAGAGCUCCCGUUCGUGGUAAAGAGGCGUUCUCGACGUCCGAACCCCCCCACUCACCGUGCUCCGAAUCUGUGCCCAGAGGCGCUCUCCCCGGUGGCCAAGCCGAGGCGCUCCAAGCGCAAGCGGCUGGAGGCCGACCUUAAGCGCCAUGGAGGGGGUGAGCGCUCCAAGCGCCCGCGCAGGAUGGGUACGGAGGAAAAGCUCCCCAUCGUGGUAAAGUGGCGGACGAGGGAGGAAAAGGAGAGCGCGGGGGGCGUGCCAGAAGCAGAGGAGGAAAAGAAGGUCGAGAUUGGACAGCAAGUGGCGUCGGAGAGCCAGCCGGCGCCGGACGACGAGAAGGGACAACACCCAAAGGAGUACUCCUAUAUACUAUAUCUGGAGAAAGAAGAGGAAGAGCAUAUGCGGGUUCAGAAGGAGUAUAUAAUGGAUCUGGAGAAAGAAGAGGAAGAGCAUAAGCGGGUUCAGAAGGUCAUAUAUUCAAGUGCUUAUGAGGAAGUGGCUUCAAACAAGUCCGGUUCCAUGCCAAAAGAGCUCUGUGAAAAUGUCAUGGGGAAGCUUGAUAAGCAGGAGUAUAUAAUGGCUCUGGAGAAAGAAGAGGAAGAGCAUAAGCGGGUUCAGAAGGUCAUAUAUUCAAGUGCUUAUGAGGAAGUGGCUUCAAACAAGUCCGGUUCCAUGCCAAAAGAGCUCUGUGAAAAUGUCAUGGGGAAGCUUGAUAAGCAGGAGUAUAUAAUGGAUCUGGAGAAAGAAGAGGAAGAGCAUAAGAGGGUUCAGAAGGUAAUAUAUUCCAGUGCUUAUGAGGAAGUGGCUUCAAACAAGUCCAGUUCCAUGCCAAAAGAGCUCUUUGAAAAUGUCAUGGGGAAGCUUGAUAAGCAGGAGUAUAUAAUGGCUCUGGAGAAAGAAGAGGAAGAGCAUAAGCGGGUUCAGAAGGAGUAUAUACUGGAUUUAAAGAAAGAAGAGGAAAAUCAUAAGCGUGUUCAGAAGAUAAAAGAUUCAAGUGCUUAUAUGGCAGUAGCUUCAAACAGAUUUGGUUCUAUGCCCAAAGAGCUCUUUGAAAACAUGGAGGAGAAGGUUGAUAAACAGCAUCCCACGCAAAUAUUUGUGGAUAUAUUUGGAUCACAUGUUUCAAUGCAAGAGGAUUUAGGUAAAGUAAGCGUGAAAUCAUUGAUCCAGACGGCUUUUAGAAGGGUUGGAGUGAACACUAACAACUUCUACUCAACUUGCUCUGGAAAAUAUUUGGAUGAGGAUCGAAUACUGUCACAUUGUCAAAUUCUUAAAGAUUCCACAAUAAAAGUUUCAUCACCGACUCAGGGCUGGCAGGAUCCAGACAUUUGAUCUUCAGUCUUGGGAUCAGUUUAUUGCUGGAAAGCCUCGUUAUCAUGUGGUAACUUUGCCAACAGAUUUAAUUGACACACAAAAGAAUGAAACAUCAGCUACAUUUUUAUCUAGUUUCAUCCAGUGCAGUGCCAGAGAGGUCUUGAUUGCCAUGUGUAGGGUACACUUUAGGGGCUUCAGCUUGAAUGGCAAGUUCAACUCCUCGCAUCUUCUUUUCAAUACCGGGAAGGUUACUUUUGAUACUGAUAUUGCGGAGGUUCCGUUUGAUAUCCAUUCAUGUAAGAGGGACUACGCAGUAAUUCAUGACAUUUUCCACCCUGUAUUUUGGGAUGAGGAAAAUAAUUUUUGUCCUCUUCAUGCCGAGCACUUGCUUCAUUUUCUGUUCACUUGUCCGGCUGGAGCUCGCUCAAACUCGGAGGGUGUUAUUGCUUACUUGACAAAUCACAUGGCAUUGAAAUCAUUCAUGGAGAGAAUUUCUAUUUGCACAAAUCUGGAUGGCAUGAUUCAUCGUCUUAUUGGGCAACAAGAAUUGGAUUUCACAACACAAGUUGCACACCCAUAUUGGUUUGAACAGAUGGAAGAUGUUCCAGCAAUGUGGAAAGUCCUCAGUUAUAACGCCGGAUAUGAUGCUACGGGGUAUAUCUAUAAUUAUGAAGAAUCUGUAGGUCAAUUGAUGCAUUUUGCAAAGAAUUUUUUCACACAUGCCCCUAACAAUUUGAGAAUGGAGGAAAUUGAAGCUGCCUUCUCCCUGGCAACCUCCGAGUCUAAUAUGUUACCAAAUUUGUUGCAACAAGUAGCUUGUCAGUUUAUUAAUCCACCUCCGCCAGCAGAUUUCUGUUUGGUGAAACUGCUGGGAGAUAACAUGGCACUUUUGGAUGAAGAGGAACAUUGAGAAGCAGCAUGACCAAAGGCAGCCUUGGGCUGAUUGAAGAUGCGUGUGGAUACAUCGAGCAUAUGUAUGAAAGGAUGACGUUACCAGUUGACCUGAGUGGUAUUCCUUCUCAAGACCUGAGUGGUAUACCAGAUGACGAAGGAGAGGAAGCUGGAGCUGGUCGUCCUCCCUGACGACGGCGACGAGUGGGCAGAGCCGGCCAAAAGUAGGUUCUUCCCGAUGUGAUGAAUGUGUUUUUGCUGUUCUAAUUUCAUGCGAAGAUUCAUUUUAAAUUUCCGCUUUGCUUGUGCGUGAUCUGUUCUUCCCGACGCUGGGUGGUGCUGAACUUUUGUCUUUCGGUUAACUGCAAAACAAAAUUUCUGUACACACACAUACUGGACCUGCUAGAGAUGCUCUUAGAAAGCAGCAAAGAGUGGAUACGAGUACUUCGUAAGA